GAGCCCGAACCCCCCGUUACUUGUUAGUUGGCAUUUCAGAGUGAAACACUGACUCACUGCUGUCAUUAUGGCAAGUCUGCUCACCGCUGUGGCCGUGCUGGCCGUGCUGUCCGUUGGGUUCUGUGAGGAGGAGAAGAGGUUUUUGCAGCGCGCCGGUGUGGCGUUCAACAGCAGGCAGUACAAAUCUCUGCUUACGGUGACCAACGGAGAGCAGUUUGGAAACUGGACCUGGCCUGAGAUGUGCCCUGAGAGUUUCUUUGCUGUUGGAUUCAGUGUCAGGGUGGAGUCUAACCAGUACGGGGCGGAUGACACCGCCCUGAACGGGAUCCGCCUCGUCUGCGCCAAAGAUGGAAACCGAAACUUCCUGUACACUAUCGAGUCCCACACUGGAUACUUCGGUGACUGGUCCGAGCCCCAGUACUGCCCCAGCGGCGUGCUAACCUCUUUCCAGAUUCGUGUGGAACCCCAUCAGGGUCUGUUUGGUGACGACACGUCCGUCAAUAACAUCAGGUUCCGCUGCAGCAGUAACCCAACACUGGAGGGGCCCGGCACGCAGUGGGGAGAGUACGGCCACUGGAGCCAGGAAUGCCACGAUGGCGGAAUCUGUGGCAUCGAGACCAAGAUGGAAGAAUACCAGUAUGGCCUGGAUGACUCCACCCUCAACGACGUGCGCUUCCAUUGCUGUACCAACUCUCAGCAGUGAUUGUCAACUGAGCUGAUCCAGUUUGUCUCCGACAUCUAAAACUCAAAGAAGACGAAUAAAGCUCAUCUGAAAUGUGA